AUGCUCUCCGACAAGGAACUCACCCAAGCUGCAGAUCAGCUGGCACAGUUCCGCAUCAAGGACAACGAGUACCACCGGAACCAUGCCGAUAUUCUGAACAAGUAUGCGGCUCUUAUAGAAGACUUCAAGCAUUUGAAGAGUGACUUCGAGGAGGCGAGGGACUGGAGGGAGAGGUAUAAGUCUUUGGCGAAGGGUGGGGAGAGGAAUCCGUUUGUGCUAGUCCUUGUCGAUGGCGACGGAUAUGUGUUUGACGAUGACUUGCUCGAAAGCAAGGCCGAGGGCGGCUCAAGGGCUGCCCAGCUGCUCAAUGAUGCUGUCCAGAGAAGCCUGCGGAACCGCCCAGUUGGACCCGAGAAACGCUCUCUGGCGCCAUUUGUCGCCAACUUCAACCGAUCAAGUGGUCUCUUCGACUUCGUAGAUGCUGGAGAACUCAAGGAAAAUGCCGACUUCAAGAUAAGGGGUCUUUUCCGCCAAUUCGUCGAAAACACUCAGUGUCGACACAUCUACUUUGCAGCCUGCCAUGAUGUAGGCUACCUAUCGGAGCUGACCUCAUACACAAGUCAGCGCGACCGCAUUACGCUGGUGCGCAACUAUGCCUUCCACAAGGAAUACGCCAAGCUAGGUCUUCGCACAGAAGAGUUUCCCGGCAUCUUUAGAGCCACUGCUCUCCCAUCUCCGUCCUACUCAGGCGGCACCAUGGACAUGCCGCGACCCCCGACCCCGUCGAAGCCUGUUACCUCACCUCUCCCAGCAGCACCCCGCCACGCCAGUGCUGCAUCAAUUGAUGCAGAACCCUGCACGUUCUACGGCAAAGGCUGCAAAUUUGCUCACGUCAAAGAAUCUAUGAAGGGGAAGUCGCAGUCGAGUGUGACCGAUGGUACGGACUGGCCAACCCUGACGAAGACCGAUCCAUUCCAGAUGACAUUACUAGCCAAAUCGGACAAUGGAUUUAUGACUGGCAGCAGUACGUUCGCCAACAUAAUCCCUGACUUUACAGUGCUGCCACGAGAAGGCAGCGCACCGGCAAACAAGAUACCGGUCAAUGCUCGUCAGGAACGACUCGACCACUAUACUCCACCAACUAGUGCAGAAGACCGAGCCCAGUUCAGGGCCAGAAUUGCAAGGCAGAAGCUUUGCAACUCCCACCACCUCAACGGAUACUGUUCGAAUGGCGUAGCUUGUCAGUACGAUCAUUCGCCCAUCAAUGAGGGCAUCAAGAAUUGUCUGCAAGAAGUAGCCCACCACGCACCGUGUCCACGUCGUCAGGCGUGUCGCUCUCUUAGCUGUCGCAAUGGGCAUAUUUGUCAGCGACAGGAUUGCCAGAAACGUGGCGGACGGACCUUCUGCAAGCUUCCCUUCCCCAUGCAUAGCGUCGACUUGAACAUGGUAGAGUACGUGCAGGGCGCGGACGCUAUCACGGAAGAUUAUGACAUCGUAAACGGCAGCGCCAAAGACUCGCCACCGUCUUACCCUAGUGAUGAAGAGUCUCCGCAAUCGGAGAAGGAAGAUGGAGCGCCACUGAGCGCGGUAGAGGACAAGACAGAUACAAUGGAUGUCAGUGCAAGUGGAUCCCGCAGCCGUCACGUAGGUGUUGCAGAGUAG